AGAAAUACCUGCAACGCUUUGUAUACGGUUCAACCUCUCGCAAUCACUUUGUGCUAUUAACAACUCGAAUUGUCACUGUAGACCCUUCUUCGAACAUAUCUGGAUCGCCUCCCAAACGCUUCAACAAUGCAGAAACGAAUUGCAUGCAUCACAGGAGCCUCCUCCGGAAUCGGCAGGACCUCUGCCGUCGCCCUGGCAAAGACCGGUCAAUGGCGUAUCGUGCUCUCUGGUCGUCGGGAACAAGAGCUCGAAAAGACGGCUCAGAUGUGUCGGGAUGCUGCCGGUUCGACCAACGGCGAUGAAGACCUCACGCUGAUAGUGGCAGGGGACGUCAGCGAGGAAAGCAAUGUAGAGUCGUUGUUUGAUGCGAUCAAGAAGACGUACGGCCGAGUGGACAUGCUCUUCAACAACGCCGGUAUUUCCCUCCCCGAGACCCCGAUCGAAGACCUCCCGAUCGAGAAAUUUCUAUCGGUGAUGAGUAUCAACGUCACGGCUUCCGUACUUUGUACCAAGUACGCUACGAGACUGAUGAAGAGCCAGCAGCCUAAGGGCGGGAGGAUCAUCAAUAACGGCAGUAUUGCUGCCUAUUCACCACGACCUGAUGCCGCUGCCUAUACUAUUUCCAAGCACGCGAUUUCUGGUCUGACCAAGUCCACUUCGCUUGACGGACGGAAGUACGAUAUUGCAUGCUGUCAGCUUGAUAUCGGUAACGCUGCGACCGAGAUGGGAGGCGGAGCUGCCAACGGAGUUACUCAGGCGGACGGCUCGAAGAAACCUGAACCCGUGUUCGACGUCCAACAAGUGGGAGAUGCGAUUGUCUUCAUGGCCGGGUUGCCGUUGGGUGCCAAUGCAUUCAACGUGACUCUCACAUCUAGCGCCAUGCCUUUCAUUGCUAGGGGUUGAAGAGGAUCAGCUGGAUAAUGUGAUCACCCCUAAGAUCGUCAGCCUCAGACUGUAUGUUAAUCAGGGCAAGAAUUCAAAUCUUUUCCCAUACAUUCGCUCCAGCUUGAGUGUGAAUUUCGAAUUGCUUUGUAGCAUCGUUAUCGGUUGGUCCUAGUCAUCGUUCCAGUCCUACCGGCAGCAGAUCAGUCUACAUGUACAAAGCAAGGGAAACCGUCAUGAGAUCAUCCAUCGCCUGCAAGAUCUCAUUCAUCAUUAAGAUUCGCAGUGGAACAAGAAGAACAACCUCAGUUUCGCCUUCGUUAUCUGCAAGCUACAUCUCAGGAUGACGGCGAAACGGCAGGACGUCGGUUUUGGCCGUACUGCAGCACCGAUGUGAUGCUGUAGCGACUACGAUAUUGCGAAGCUGUAUUGGCAGGCUGAAACAGCCAAGAUAGACAGCGGAUGAAAGAGUGGUAUGUUCAGA